AGUGUAGUGUCAUCAUAAUUAAAAAGGGUCAGGUCCUCGGGUCGGACCCGACAAUGGCGUUCUCACUACUCCGGAAAUGGAAAUGGAGGACCGUUAACUCAGCAUUGCCGCCAUGGCCGCGACCUCAGACCUUCCGAUCAGAUGCGGCAUUGGAGGCCAUAGCCAAAGCUUCCCAACACAACCUCUCUACUAUAUUUCUCUACAACUAUCCCUCCUUUUCUGGAGCUUUCUCCGCUCUCUUCGCUCACCUCUUUCACUCCCGUAUCAACCUCCCUUGUCUCAUACUCCCUUUCUCUUCGGUCGAACCUCUCAGGGUUGAGGAUUUAUGCACUGAAGGCCUUGAGAAUUUGUAUCUUCUCGACUUUUUUGGUCCCAAAGGAUUUGCCGAAGCGCUUUCUAGGCGAGCUUCAUUCAAAGUGAUAGGAUUUGAUCAUAGAAAAUCAGUUCUUCCUAUUAUACCAUCUGAGGAAGAUUGUCCUGCAAAUCUCAAAUUUCAUCUGAAUGUUGAGAAGAGCAGCUCUAUUGCUGUGUAUGAAUACUUCUCUGCUAAACUUUCUCAGACCAAACAUUCUGAUGGAAUGGUUGCAAGUUUAUUAGAGUCAAAGGACCAAGGUCGUGUAGAAAUGAUUCUUAAGCACAUUGAAGAUACUGAUUUACGUCGAUGGAGCUUACCAGAUACUAAAGCAUUUAAUAUUGGACUUGACAAAUGGAGGUCGAAAUUGAAUUGCUUAACCAAUCCAUAUAUGUAUGAACAGUUGAUGGAGAUUAAUUCUGCUGAUUUAAUUGCUGUUGGAAAUUCUUAUAUUUCUACUCGUGAAAAAGCCGCAGAGAAGUUGCUUAAUAAAGCUUUCAAAGUUAUGUUGGGCAGAGGAUUUUAUGGGGAAUGCCUGGGAGUUCGAGCAGAUACAAAUUCUGAUUUAGUUGAUGAAAUUGGCAAGAAACUUAGUGUAAAAAGUGCCGCUGCGGGUCUCAGGCCUAUAGGAGCUGUCAUACACAUGCAAGGAAGUAAUCUCAAAGUAUGCUUGAGGAGUACUGUUAAUGGCAUUGAUACCUCUGAAGUUGCUAAAGCAUAUGGUGGAGGGGGAUCUUCAAGUUCAAGCUCCUUUAUCAUAAGGAUGGAUGAGUAUAACCAGUGGCUUUCUGCGAUAUAAAGUUAUAAUGCUGAUUGGGAGAGUGAAAAUGAAGGCCAUAGCAGCAGCAAAGAGGAGUCCCCACCAUGGCAUCUGAACCUGGUCAUUCAUAAAAAUGCAGAGUGCUAGGGAUAUUAAUAGUGUCACGCCAAGCAAGAAGUAAAACCACCAGGAAGGUAUGUCCUUGUAUCUUCUCAUUAGUUUUGUAUGGAUGUCCUCCUUGCCUUUAUAUGAAGCACUGUACCGCUGAUAGAUCUCCCUGUGCACAAGCUGUGAAUUAAUUUGGAUUGGAGUUGUUUUUUGUCCAUAGUCUAAAGAAAGAGUGUUUCUAUUCCAUCUAAAAAUUUGGUGGCCGUACAAUUAUUUUGGUAGUUCUUUGCUUGUGUGUUUCAUUAGGAACAUUUUAUAGAUAGUAGUACAAAAUUGAAAUGACAAGUAAACAAACUCUCUUCUGAGGAUGUCAAGUGUAACUGUAACUAAAUGCAACACAUUUGGAUGAAGUUUAUUGACAUAGGAAGAUUAAAUACAAUUAAUGCCGAUUUUGUAUUUUCUCUCUGUUAGGAUACAAUUGCAGCUAACAAAAAUUAGAUAAUUACCUUCCUUAGAAAUAUGAAAUAAGGAAAUGUAAUUUAAUUUUUUGGGAUAACAAAGUAUUACCUUCCAUAGAAGAAAGCCACAUGUGUGAGGGUGGCAGCUAUGGUGGCAAAACCGAAACCAUAAGUGAGGGCGAAAAACAUGCUUAAGUGAAUUCUUCCUUGCUCCUCAUACUUUGCUGUAUCCAACUCGAACUUGUUGUUCACUAUAGCUGAUAUAUUGUAAAUUUGACCUUCUGCGGUAAACAAGUGUGAAGAGAAAAUGGGAAAUUUUCUUGCACUGUACAAGUCCAGUCCCCAGUAUGCUAUAGGUAGUGCAACAUAAAUUAUCAGUGCAUAGCCAGCAAAAAUGUUGAGAAUGCUAAAGAACGGGCAGAUUAGAGGGCUGAAUAAGAAAGAUGCCACGGCUGACCAGUCAAGUGUGAACGAUCCCAGUCCAAGGCCUUUCAUGCCUGAACCGAUCUGCUGUGCUGUAACUGACUUUGAGAAUACCCAGCAAACCCAUGAUAUGUUUGUGAGUGUUGGGAAUAGGAAUCCCGGAAAAACAUACCAUGAAAAACUGCAGAUUAGAGCUAUUAAAAAGAACUUUGCCCGUGACAUCCGCUGCUCGUCUUUCUCAUGCAAUGCUCUGUUCAUUGGUAUGGGAAAUUUUCAUUAGAGCAGGCAUAGAUAAUGUUCAUAAGUUAUUUACCAUUAAAAUUUUAGGCAAUUGUGACUUGUGAGUGAAAAAAAAAGGAGGGUGAUAGUGCAUUCAUGAAAAUUGAUGGCAAUACCAUCUACCCUAAGGCUGAAGCUAAAUAGGAUCAAGAGUUGUUAGGCCAAAUAAAAUUUACUUUCAAAACUUACUGUUAUUUUGGCAUCACUUUAAAUACAUGGUAUCUAAUUAGAUUAUUAUCCACAGCUAGAAAAUAUUAUUUGGAUUGACUUUGAUAUUGUUUUUUAUUAAAUAUUUUCAUGAGUUUCUAUCUAGAAUUUUGUUUAUUAAGGAAAAGUAAAAUAUUUAACAA